UAAGCAAACGAAGUGGCGGCAAGUGGUACAUCGAACGCAAGCCAAGCCAAAGCAAAGCAAACUAAAAACAAAUUAAAACUGGUCGACUUAAUGUCAACUAAAUUGACAGACUACUUAACUGUGCCUUGCAACUGUAAAUUAGUAUUAUCUGUAAGGCCGAAGUGUGACAAUCGUCGUCGUAAUGGAAUCCACCAAUAUCGUUAAUCGCACCCUAAGCCAUAGACGACAACGACGCCAACAACUGCGACCCCUAACUCCAAAUAUGACACCGGCAUCGGCAUCGGCUUCAAGAUGUUCCAUUAAGAUACUUUAUCUGAUGACAAUUUGCCUAAUUUGUCUGCAACAAAUCAUCUUCGUCACCUGUGAGUCCAAUCCGCAGAAGCAGAAUGUGACUGUUACGACAUCAUGUAAGUCGGGCGAGUGUGUGGCAACCAGUUCGUGCCAAAUUUUGAGGUCAGCCAUGAGUCUGCAGAGUAUUUCCAAAGAAGUCAUCGACAUCGUCAAACAACAGCGAUGCGGAAACAGAGAAAGCCGCAACGUGUGCUGCACCGAUCUCGCACUGGAACUAGUGAACAACAACAUUCUAGCGAACGUGACAGACCCCAACAGCACUGGUGCUCUAGUUCAGCUGAUGACGACACCGUGUGGAAUAUCGGAUAGUUCGGAUCGCAUUCUAAAUGGGGAGACAGCUUUUCUCUUCGAGUUUCCAUGGAUGGCGUUGCUGGAGUACAACACCACCGCAGGGCGGAAUUUUCUGUGCGCUGGGUCUUUAAUUAGCGAUCGCUAUAUUCUGACCGCUGCUCAUUGCUUUGCCUCGCCAAAUGCCCAACUAAUAAGUGUCCGAUUGGGGGAACAUGACACGAGUAAGGAAAUCGAUUGCGAAGGCUAUGGGGGCCAGUUUGACAGGGAGUGUGCACCUCCGGUUCAGAAUCACAGAAUCGACGAUGUCAUCAUACACAAUGAUUUUCGAUUUGGAAUUUUUGCAAAUGACAUCGCUUUGAUAAGACUUCAAACGAAAGUUGCUUAUGAAGAUACUGUGAUACCAAUUUGUUUACCCAUAUCCAAGGAUCUAAUAAGAAACCUUGAUAGUGCCACAGUUGCCGGAUGGGGACUUACACUCAAUGGAAACACCUCGAAUGUCCUGCAAAAGGCACAUCUGCCAGUCCUGGCGAAUGAAUAUUGCGGAAAACUAUUUGCUAGAAAUUUCACUUCAUCUCAUAUAUGUGCCGGAGGUCGGAGAGGAGUGGACACAUGCAAAGGUGAUACGGGUGGGCCAUUAUUUGCCCGAACUGGAAGUUAUUUUCCAAAGUUUGUUCAGUAUGGAAUAAUGUCUGGUGGUGGAUCAGCGGUUUGCGGUGGCAAUAGUACAAUUCCGAGUAUUUACACAAAUGUUAUAGAUUAUGUGCCGUGGAUUAUUAAAAAUAUUAGACUUUAAUGUAGUUUUCUUUAUACAAAUCGACUGAC